AUGGCCCAUCCUCUCACUCAGCAGCCACCCUCUUCUCUCCCAUUCCCCUUCGCUGCACGACCUUCCCCUCUCUCCUUUGGUUUCGGUCAUCCAUCCACCCCUUCUGGAUUCAACACACCUGUCCGUCCUCCAACCAGUGGUCUCAACUGGUCAUCACCCGUUCAUUCCCCAACCAAAGCUUCCCUUUCCAGGCUGAGGUCGUCGGAGUCAAACAACGUCGCAUCUCCGAAUAACUUGAAAAGGGCACGUCGCUCUCGUUCUCCCUCGUCCUCACCACCCCUUUCCCCCAAUUCGCCCGCUUCGUCAUCCUCUCAAGCUCGGGGAUCAGCGUCCAAAGUUGACCUUUCAGCAGUCGCCGGCCUCGCUCUCCAGGAUGGACCUCCUAAGUCGGCCAAAAGAUCUAGACCGUGGUCCUCUGAUGAACCGCAAAACGCCGCGUCAGAUGGAAUAGAUGUGGGAAUUUUACUUGCCACUUUGCCAUCUUCUUCUCACCUUCCCAUACUCAUGCAGCUGCUUCGAACUCAUCCGACGUUAUCCGAAUCCGUACUCGGUCAGAUCCCUCAACCCGAGGUGAAGACUUGCGUCAGGGAGAUGCAGACCGCAUUCGAAGCUGUGCAGAAAGCUGCUGGGGGGAGUUUUGGAAUGAGAGAAGCAUCCGAGUUGUUCGAGUCGAGACGGUGGGAACGUGUCAGGGGUGAAGCAGAAAUCUUCUGUAGGACGGCGUCGACAUAUAUCCGAUACUUUACGUCAAACGCAAAAUCGCCUCUGGAAGCAGAGUCCAUCUUUGCAUUCCUUCACCCUCUGACUACAUAUCUUCGCACUCUGCUGUCCGUCGUUCCGGUCAAUGCACCACCUAACAAUCCUAUCCUUGACUUGGCGAAAUUAGUCCUGACCAUAUGGGACCUUUGGCUCAAGUCAUUAUCCGCAGAGGUCAAUCAGCGAGGUGGAAUGUAUCCCCAUUCAGUAGUCGCAAACUGGGCAGAGACGAUGGACAGGCUGGUCUCCAAGAACAUAACCAAUGCUUGGGAUUCAAGUCCUAUGUCUCACUGGUCGCUUCCCACGUCGAGACCAGCAAGCCAAAAUUCGACCCCUUUUGACGAAUCGUUCCGACAAGCCCUCGAGCCCUUGCGAAAUCGUUUCUUGACUGAGGUAGGAUGGAUGAUCGGCCGUCGAGCGGUGUAG